AUGGCGGCGGUGUUGCCGAGGACCCUGGGUGAGCUGCAGCUCUACAGGAUCCUGCAGCGAGCCAACCUCCUUUAUUACUACGAGGCUUUCAUCCAGCAGGGCGGCGACGACGUGCAGCAGCUGUGCGAGGCUGGGGAGGAGGAGUUCCUAGAGAUCAUGGCCCUGGUCGGUAUGGCCAGUAAGCCGCUGCAUGUCCGCCGCCUGCAGAAAGCGCUGCGGGACUGGGUCACCAACCCCGCCAUCUUCAACCAGCCGCUCACCUCGCUUCCCGUCUGCAGCAUCCCCGUCUACAAGCUGCCCGAGGGUUCCCCCACACUGCUCAGCGCUCAGGACCGCACCAACACCGCCAGUGUUAAGAUUCCCAAAGCCCUCGCUGCCGCCGAUGCGGGGAAGCUGGACGUGGCAAGAGAUAAAGUCUCAAGCGGGUCGCCGCUGCAGGGAGGCAGCGAGGUGCGGUUCUGGUCAGGCCACAGCAACGACAGCGAGCACAGUCUGUCUCCAUCAGAUCUGGGCUCACCCUCCUCCCCCAGAGACGCCAUGGAGGCCUUGGACGCCGCAGCGGUGCAGUCGGUGCUGGAGUGCGUGGACAGGAUGGCGCCGGGCCUUCCUAAGACGGACCUGGCUGAGGUCAAAGAUCAGCUGAAGAACAACAAGAAGCUGGCAAAGAUGAUCGGACACAUCUUUGAGAUGAGCGACGACGACCCGCGGAGGGAGGAGGAGAUCCGGAAGUACAGCGCCAUCUACGGACGCUUCGACUCCAAGAGGAGGGACGGCAAACACCUGACGCUGCACGAGCUCACGGUGAACGAGGCCGCGGCGCAGCUCUGCAUGAGGGACAUGGCUCUGCUGACGCGCCGCGACGAGCUGUUUGGACUCGCCCGGCAGAUUUCCAGAGAGGUCACCUACAAAUACACCUACCGCACCAGCAAGUCUCGCUGUGGAGACAGAGACGAACCGUCCCCGAAAAGGAUAAAAACCGAGGAGAACUUCUUCGACAUCCAGGAGGCGCUACAGGCCAUCCACAUGAGGCAGGAGAUGCUGAGGGAGCAGCUGGCCUGCGCCAAGUCCAAAGGGGAGGAGACGGUCGGACGCAACCUGCAGAUGCAGCUGGAGCGUCUGCUAGCCAGGCAGAUGGAGAUCCUGCAGGACGCCGCCGUGCAGGAGCGGCUCCAAGCUCUGGACUGGAGGAUCCCACCGGCCGCGUUGAAGUACCUCAGCGACGCCCAGAACACCAACGGAAUCGCCGCCGCCGACUCCAGCAGAGACAGCCAAGAUGAUCGACCAAUCAACUUGCGAGUGGUCAGUCAGAGCAUGCAAGAAGGCGACCUCCCAUUGGGCAAGCAGCUAGCCAAUGAGCUGAAACGCCAUCAUAACCACAACCACAACAAUAACAACAACAACAGCAGCACAGAUGAGGCCAAAACACCAGCAGCAGAAAAUGGGACGUCCCAUCGGGCGCCCAGCAACGCAGAGAAGAAGAUCAUCAAAUCAGAGCCAGAAGACUCCACAUAGUGCCUCCCGCCUCUCCAUCAGCCCGCCCUCUUCAUUCUACUCCCACUUUGACAGUAUGCAGUUUUCACCCAUCAAUGGAUACUAAGCAAGCACAGCCACAGUAAAGCCUUAACAACCAACGUUGCCUCAUGAAUAGCAUUUAUUUUUAUUUGCCUGUUUGUUUUUAAAAGUAUUAGCCAAAGCACCUAGAGAGCACAUCAGGAAGCCCCUCGGUGCUCUGCAGGUCUUUGUGUUUCAUCAGAUGUUUUGUGUGAUUUAAACUCGGUACCUCUGGCUGGGAGCUGCUUUCUGUGGACAGGCUGUGCUGCCGGGCCCUGAAUCUUAACUCCGGUCUCUCUGCGGAGGCUGAAGCAUCGGUUGGUGUCGAUACAUUAACAACUUCUAUUUAAAAAUGUGUUGCGAAUGUGAUGGAACUGCUUGUUAAAAUUCACACUGUUAACGUGCUCAGUGGGGUGUUCGGUGCAAAGUUCACUAAAUCAGUCCUACCUUUGUGCUGCGAGUCAAUCAUGAAGGCAUCCAUAAUGGAUUUUUAAUGCUCCUGUAAUGUCUUAUGACUCUGCUGGUAUUUGGAAGCAGAGGGUGGAGGAAAACGGAGGCCGAGUUAAGGUGCAGCCCAGCAGCAGGUUGUCAUUUUUUUAACCUCUGUGUCGUUUCCUUCACACCCUCACACAUCUGAGGCGGGAUGGAGCGCCGCGUCUUCGCUCCUGCACGAUCAUGACGGGUCAUUUGUGACGGGGAUGGACAGCAGCGAACGUCUCACUCUGUAAUUUAGCAGAACGCUGCUGUUGGAGGUAAUAAAGGCGAUGCAGUAAAAGAAUUAAAACUCACAGGUUUGGUGGGUUUUGGUUUUUAGCAGCUGCAAGAUAGAAAAAAAAAAAAAAACAAUAAAAAAAUCAGAAUAAAAAAGUUUAUUUCUGUUGUUGAAGCAACAGCUUGUAAAUAUAACAAAUAGCCUAAUCUGUCAGCCAGGGUUUUCUGUGUCCGGUGUAACUUUGCUGUAGAUUUUUGGUGUCGGUUCAGUGUUCAUGUAUGUAGAGCUACGACAGAAAAAAGUAAACUUAUUUGUCACUAAGGAAAAAAAAACAAACUGGUGUAUAAGAACCUGCUUUUAGCCUUAGCUCUAACAGUGUUUAUGGCAGAUUUCCAACGUGUUGUUGAUGUUUAGGCGUAGAAACAUGGCGGCUCAGUGUUCUUUCUGUGUGUAAAUACAUCUGUUGACCCCCGUUCACAUAGGUUAGUCUCGCCCAGAGAGAUCAAUGCAAUAUUUAUGUAAGUAAUAAGUCUAUUUGCAUCCUAAAUGCGUUGUUUUUGUCGUGUGCUCUGUAACUGUACGUCUGUCGGCGGGGGCGGGGACUCUUUGGGAGAUCAGUCAGCGCUCUGUCUGGAUUGGAGAAGCUCUGCAGGUUUUACGAUGACUCCACGUCUCCUUGGGUUUUUAAAGAGAGCGCUUGCAUGUCGUCUCACUGAUCACCGUUUCUUUCAAGUGAUAGAUUAGGCUUUCACCCAGUUAUGCACCUGUUUUUUAAACACUAAUAUAUUUUAUUUGUUAUACAGCACAUAAACAUUAAACUUUAUUUUUUGA